AUGAGUCCACUGACUUCCAAUUCCUAUGCGUUUUCUCUGGAUAGCACCGAGGCCUGGGCACACUAUCUGAAAUACAGGCCCCCAUACCCCGAGUCGCUGUGGAAGCAGUGGCUAGAUUACCACGGCGCCGACAACGCCCUCGAUGCCGUUCUCGAGGUCGGCGCCGGAUGUGGUAUCGGCACGGCGGGCCUCCUCGCCGCAUCCGCGAAACACAGGUCACCGGGAAAUAAGCCGGUGGUCCGACGUGUCUACCUGUCCGACCCCGGCACCGCCAACAUCGCCGCGGCAGAGGACAUGCUGAGGCCACAGGCAUAUCCCGGCGUGGAGCUAGUCUUCCAUCAGGGUCCUGUCGAGGCGGGGAUACCCGGCCUGGAACCAGGAACUGUCGACCUGGUCAUGGCAUGCACGUGCCUACACUACACAGAGAUAGACAAGGCCAUGGCCCGCGUUGCUGAGGCACUGCGCCCCGGUGGCACCUUCGCGGCGGUCACAUACCAGGUGACGCCGCACAUCCGUGGCAACGAGCGCCUGGCGGAGGCGUUUCGCCGCUUCGGCGACUGGAACGCCGACAGGUCCAAGGAGGACAACCCCCUCUAUCACGACGAGACGUGGCAGCGCCCGCUGAGGCAGGCGUCGGUGGGGCUUGACUUUGUGAGGUUUGACCCGGCGCUUUUCGAAAAUGUGGAGCGGUAUUAUUACAAUUUGAAAGACGUCACCUGGCCCCUGCAGGCGCAGUGGCAGCGCAGGGCGGGGAGGCCAGUGGUAGGCGUUGAUGCUGCGCGGGAGAAGCUGGAGUGGGUGGAGAACUGGAAGGAUUGGGAGAAGAAGAACUGCACGGUCGAUUGGCUCAGGGACAUGCGCCGGUCGCUGAAUGGAGGCUAUGACCGGAAGGCAUUUGAGUCUGACGCGUGGAAGGAGGUUCAACAGGUGGCAGAGGAGUCUGGUGGGACGUUUCAUGUCACUUGGCCGGUACACGUUGUUUUGGCGAGGCGGAAGGCGUCGUGA